CUGGUGGGCAAAGUGACACAAGGGGGAGCGGGAAGGUGGCCUGAGCUGCAGGAGUUCUGAGAUGGGCGAGGGAGGCCUGCCGGUGAGAGCCACAAACCCCUUCCUUACUCUGCAUGUAUUUUGUCCUCCCUGAGGAGGGGCCCCUGGGCUGGGCAGGGAAGCUUGUUUGACGCCGGGGCGCAGCAUGGGCUGGGCUAGAAAGAGACAUGGAAUCAGGGAUCAGACAAGCCAGACCCCAGGAGAGCCUCACCAGGGCUUCAGACAGACUGCUUGCUCUCUUGCUCUCCGGGGCCCAAACUCCACCCCCAAGACAGACGCAGGGUCAGACUCUACAGUAGUUUCCCCAUGAUCUGAGUGGUUGCCGCUGGCCUGGCCGUGAUACCUGGGAGGUGGCAGGGCUCACUCAUCCCUGGGAGGAUGGAAGGAGCACUGAGGGAGGGGGACAGGCUCCCUGCAGACAGGGAAUCUGAGAAGCCACACAGUGGGUCUUUCUGACCGUCAGUCUCUUCACAAGGUAGGAUGUUGCGACUAUGGAACUAAUGUUCCGAGAAUCGAAUGACAAAAUAUACUCAAAGUGCUUAGCUUCAUGCAUACCGGCUGUUGCAGGGCACCUGCCGCCACUUCUCUGGCCUGUCUCUCCAUGUGGGAUUCACCCCACCAGCCUGAACCACACCCUCCCCGCCCCACUCCUGCUCAGAGGAGUCUCCUCUUUAGGUCUCUUUAGUUUCCUCAUCUGUAAAAUGGGGCUUAGACGAGCAUACACUAAAUUCUGACUUUCUUAAAUUUGUGGCUUGAUUUCCCCCAAACAGUCCUGUACUUUGCCAGCUGGCACUGAGAAAGUCCAGCUCAAGACCAGGCACACAGCCCAAAAUUAACGACAGCUCUGUCUUCUUUGGCCUCUUCUUCCUCAGAGGGUGCAGAGUCUCAGCAGUGGGAGAGGGACCCAAGAAACCCCCCAGGAUCUGGGCUACAGGUGGCUUCCCCUGCCAUCAACCCACCUUCCUUUAUUCUAUUUAUAAGGAAACCACUCAGCUGUUCCUUUUAGCUCUGACGAUGACGCUAGGGCCGCUUGAGCUAAUUGCAUCUGACAAGCUGGGCGUGGGGCAGAGCUCUGGCGAGCUGCAGGAUUCUGGGCUGCAGGGGCACCGCAGGAGCCGCACCCUCCUCCUCCUGGAGGCCUGCCUGGCUUGGGCAGGGCUGGUUCUCAGACUUGAGUGGGUGCUGGAACUACCCACAGGGCUCCUUGCGACAUAGGUGCUGGGCCCCAGCCCUGGGAUUUCUGAUCAGCAGGACUGGGAUUGCAUCUGAGCAUUUGCAUGUCUAAGUUCCCAGAUGAUCACGGUGCUACAUUUUGAGAACCACUGUCCCAGGGGACUGCUGGCUGCUGAGAAAUGGGUCCUGGGUGCCUCUGCUGCUGAGGCCACAGCCACCCAGCCCCGAGUGGGGGUAGGUGGGUGACAGGUCAGAAGGGAUGUUGAUGAACACACGGGGCUGGACAACAGGCUCUCACUGCUCUCACCAAUAUGGAGCCAAAAGCUAGCACAGCCACGUCUCUGCAGCAGGGGGGACACAGGGAAGGUCCACAGACAAGGAGGGGUCCCCAAAGAACAGAAAUGAAAUUCCCUCUGCAUUUUCAUAGCCUACUGCUCAUGUGCCAUUAACGCUCCCCAGCCCAUUCAAGUCCUGUGAGGCCUUGGUGGCUGUCUGCCUCCACAUGUGGGUUGUGGUGCUCUCCGUGCCUGGGAUCAGGCUGGGCUCAUGGUCCUUGUGCAUAGUAGGUGCUCUGAAAACACAGCAGGGUGGAAAGAACGUGGACUUUCGGGGUGGAAACAGAACAGACGGUAUCUCAACCCAGCUGUGCCUUUUCUAGUCGUGUGCUAGAGAAUUGCUUCGUCUCUUGGGUUUGGUUAACAGGUUUGUGAAACAGGGAUACCACCUACCACUUGGAAGGGGGUCACAGUGCACCCAGCACAGCCUAGUGAGGGUUUGAUAAACAGAAACAAAUCUCUACUAGACAACUCCUAGUGGAAUUCACUGGAUUAAGCUCUGAUUGGGGUGCUGGAGGGCUCUGGGGGAUGCAGGAGUGAUCGACCCCAGGGGAUAGGGAGGGUCUGAGGCUUCUGGCCAGGCACAGAAUAAGGGUCUGAGAAAACCAAUGGUCCAGGCUGACCUGACCAUCUGCAGCCCUCUGCCCCAGCCCCUGCUGCCUCGUGACCCUGGCUCUUUGCCAGGCUAAGUUUAGCUGUGACCUGCAUGGGCCACCACACUCUGUGGGCAGGAGCGGGGGGGUGGAGAGGAACUCAGCAGGUUUCCUGCUGCCUUCCUGGCAAGCAGACAGACAAAAGCCCGAGGAGUAACCCAAGUUAAUUUUCAAGCCAAACCCAACUGGAUGCUCAGGCCACGUGUAUGGGGCAGCCUCAUGGGGUGAGAGAAGUGGACAAUUUGAAAUUGAGAGGAAAGGGGCUCUUUGGGAAGGGGUGUGUGUGUGUAUACAUGCAUGUGUAUCCACAGUUUGGGGAGAGGCUCCCAGAUACCUGCCUGUCCCUGUGGUCUCCAAUAAAAGUCACACCACUCUGGUUCCUUCUCCUUAUUCUUCUGGCCCUGUGGCCCCCAGAGGAGUGUUCCCUGUGGCUUGGUUUGGGGAGGGGAAGCAGAGGUUCCAACUUUGCCCCAUCUAGUGAGCACUGAGCAACCACAGCCUGUUCCCCACCCCUUAGGGUGCCGUAGGCAGAGCCUGCCUGCCCAGACGUUAAAAGGAGCAAAAUGACAACUGGGAUCUCAUCUGAUCCCUGGGAGGGAGUUGACGUGAGUCAGACUCUACCUCCAAGAGGAUCCAAGGCUCCAAAGGCUUCUCCCCUUUGCUGGGGGGCAGGGUGGGCAGAGUGACAUGCCAAGGGACAGCAAUGCUAGAGGAGCAUUUUGUGCUUUCAAAGCACUUUUGAGCGUGCUUUCCUCCGCACCCCUUAGCACUUGGCAGGGCUGGGGUGCUUAGCAGGUGAGAAAACAGAGGCCCGUGGAAGCCUAGGGGGAAGGAGCUAAUGUAGGGCAUCCACUCUGUGCUAGGCACUGUGCCAAGCACCUGAACUGGAUUAUCUCCCUUAACUCAGCCUUCCUGGGAAGGAGGAACUUCUCUUAGCUCCAUCUCAAAGGUAAAGCAGUGGUGCCAUGAAGCAAGACCACUCGGCAAGGAUAGAGUCACGUUUCAAACCCAGGCCUGUCUGUUUCUAUAGCCCGGGCUCCUUCCACUUUGCUACCUCAUCUCCCUCAUGCUCGGUCCACCUCUGGGGCCUGAAUAUGUGUGCACGCUGAAUUCUGCUACCACUGGAUCCCGCUUUUGGUUCCUGCUCGUUGUCCAGCUAUGUGUGGGAUAGAAUCACAUCUGAGAAGCAGGCUUUACCCACCUGUGGCAACCCGAGUCGUGUACAUCCUGGCACUGCUGGCUAGAACCUGCAGAGCUGUCUUCACCUGAUGACACACACCUGUUCUUGGCACCAUUAGGGAAAGUUCCAGCCAUGGCUCUGGGGCUCUUCCGGGUGUGUCUGGUGGUGGUGACAGCCAUCAUCAACCACCCACUGCUGUUCCCCCGGGAGAAUGCCACAGUGCCCGAGAACGAGGAGGAGAUCAUCCGCAAGAUGCAGGCGCACCAGGAGAAGCUGCAGCUGGAGCAGCUCCGCCUGGAGGAGGAGGUGGCCCGGCUGGCAGCUGAGAAGGAGGCCCUGGAGCACGUGGCAGAGGAAGGGCAGCAGCAGAAUGAGAAUCGCACAGCCUGGGACCUGUGGAGCACCCUCUGCAUGAUCCUCUUCCUGGUGAUCGAGGUGUGGCGGCAGGACCACCAGGACGGGCCUUCCCCGGAGUGCCUGGGCGGGGACGAGGACGAGCUGCCCGGCCUGGACGGCGCCCCGCUCCGGGGCCUCACCCUGCCCAACAAGGCCACCCUCCACCACUUUUAUGAGCAUUGCAUCCGGGGCGCCACGGCCGACGCGGCCCGCACCCGGGAGUUCGUGGAAGGCUUCGUGGAUGACUUGCUGGAAGCCCUGAGGAGCCUCUGCAACCGGGACACGGACAUGGAGCUGGAGGACUUCAUCGGCGUGGACAGCAUGUACGAGAACUGGCAGGUGGACAGGCCGCUGCUGUGCGAGCUCUUUGUGCCCUUCGUGCCCCCCGAGCCCUACCACUUCCGCCCGGAGCUCUGCUGCUCCCGCCGCUCGGUGCCCUUGGGCCGCCAGGGCUACGGCCAGAUCAGGGUGGUCAGGGCCGAUGAGGGUGCGCUGGGCUGCGUCUGCGGCAAGACCACGCUCGGGGACGACAUGCUGUGUCUCCUCCACGGCAGGAGCAGCGUGGCGCGGCCCGGCGGCGAGCUGGAGAGCCUGCUGUGCGCCGGAGACUCCCCGUACCUGGACACCGCGCGGGUCAUGAAGUGGUUCCAGAUGGCCCUGACCCGGGCCUGGCACCGCAUCGCCCACAAGUACGAGUUCGACCUGGCCUUCGGUCAGCUGGACCGGCCCGGCUCCCUCAAGAUCAAGUUCCGCUCGGGGAAGUUUAUGCCCUUCCACCUGAUUCCGGUGAUCCAGUGUGACGACUCGGACCUGUACUUUGUCUCCCACCUUCCCAGGGAGCCCUCGGGGGAGGCCCCGGCGUCCAGCAGCGACUGGCUCCUGUCCUUCGCUGUGUACGAGCGGCACUUCCUCAGGGUGACCUCGAAGGCCCUGCCGGAGGGCGCCUGCCACCUCAGCUGCCUGCAGAUCGCCUCCUUCCUGCUCUCCAAGCAGAGCCGCCUGACCGGCCGCAGCGGGCUCGGCAACUACCACCUGAAGACGGCCCUGCUGCACCUCCUGCUCCGCCGCCGGCCGGCCGACUGGAGGGCCGGGCAGCUGGACGCUCGCCUGCGGGAGCUGCUCCGCUUCCUGGAGAAGAGCCUGCUGGAGAAGAAGCUCCAUCACUUCUUCAUCGGCAACCGCGAGGUGCCCGACGGCAUGGGGCUCCCGGAGGCCGUUCGCCGGGCCGAGCCUCUCAACCUCUUCAGGCCCUUCGUCCUGCAGCGAAGUCUCUACCGCAAGACGGUGGACGCCUUCUACGAGAUGCUGAAGAACGCGCCGGUGCUCAUCAGCGAGUAUUCCCUGCACGUCCCCUCAGACCCCGGCCUGCCCCACAAAGCUGCGGCCUUGUAGAGCGUCCAGCACCCAGAGGGCCAGGGCGCGGGGCACCCACGCGUCCACACCUCCGGGGGCAUCUGCAGGCCCUGGCCCAGGACGAAGGCGGGCCCUGCCGGGCGCCAUGGCCCAGCCCGCCAAGGAAGCCAGGCCCCGCGGCACGGAGGAAACGGAACCCCGAGCCGGGAGCUGGUUUGCCCUCGUGCCACCGGGGCCUACCGAUGAGGCUAUUGUCUGCGUCUGGUUGAUCCUUUGCAGCUUACUUUUGGAUCACCCCAUAUGGCCAAGGUGACAACAGGAUACUCUCUGGUCACUGAGGUAAAGACAGCACAAACAUCGCCGUGGGUGUGACUUUUACAUUUACUUGAAUAUCAACAGAGGGUCUACAGGAGUGCUGAUGGGGACACGUGUUGAGACCCUGCACCCUGACAGGAUGGGACAGUUUUGGGAGUUUGCAACCUUCCAUCUCCAGCCUGCACAGGAGGGGCCCACCUGUGGCUGCCAUUUUUUAAACUAUUUGGAGAAAAGACAUAGGAGAAGUCCAAGGCCCAGAAGGGCCGAUGUCUUUGUUGCACAGAAGUGGGUACUUGGUGGCAGAGAGAAGUUUCGAUCGGCCGCUUUUUUAGCUACGUGUCUCGCUUAAGGUGCGCCCCCUUCUCCCCACCCCUUCCCCCAGGGUGCUGUGCCCUGAGUGGCAUUGGUGCCACAUACCAUGCUAGGGACAAGCUCCAACAGCUGGUCUCUGAUCAUCUGUGUGGUGGGGGAGGGCAGAUACUGAAGAUGGAAGCUGCAAGAGACACAGGGUGACUGGGGCAAAGGGUGGAACCUUGUGCCCAGGGGUGCUGGGCUCUGCCUCUGAUGCCCAGUUCAGAGAAAACAGCAGAGCUGAGAAAUGAGGGAUACCAUAGACCUGAGUUUUCCUCAGCAAGAUCCCAGUCCUAGAGCUGAGCACGCCUGGAGGCAAGAGGAUACCCAGCUCCAUCUCUGGGCCCCAAGAUCUGUUUGUUCCAGUGGGGCGCUCCCACCGCACAAGAACCCCCCUUUCUGGAUGAGCCUUGGCAGCCACACAGAUGACCAAGACCCAGAGAUACUUGGCUGCCUGGGAACGUGCAAGGACAGCGCUGCCAACCCAGCCCCUGAGCCCCACAGAGGUUACCUGGUCACUGAGCAGGCACCAGAGCCAGCAGUGGGAGCGAGCCUAUCUCCGGGCCUGUGUAGGGGGCUUGGGAAGCCACUCCAACCCCACCUGUGGCUUCACUGGCCCUUUGGGACUUUCUCUCAUGACACUGCCUCAUUACCCUUGCAGCAAGCCAAGAACGCCUGAACCAGCACUUGGGAUCUGCUCUGGGGUUCAAGCUGGCCAUGCCUGCCAGACAGCAUACCCAGUUCCACAGGGGUGUCAGGCUCUCCGUGAGGAUCCUGUCCCUUCCCUAAGGGUGCUCUCACCUGGCCCCAGGGUUCCGGAAGAUGGACGGUUUGCCUGACAGGGUUUACUGGCAGCAGGAGGCUCGGCUGUGAUGGGGUGCUGAAGCCUGUAGGAACCAUUCCGCGUGAGCUGCAGCCAGACUGUGCAGACUUGGGUCUGUGUGUCCCCAGCACCACAGUGGCCCGGUGCUGCCAGGAAGGAUUAAGCUCACAUGGCCCUCAACAGCAGCCCACACCCCCAUUCAGUUGUGAUGUGUUUCCAGAAUCAGGGGGAAUUUCCGUAUUUAUUAUUGCCCGUGCCUUGCCUUUCCCCUUUCAUCCUUAUCUCGUUGUGCUUAGAGGAGACCCCCAGCCAGGAACCAGCCUCCAGAAGCUAAGACCGAACCUGAACCUCCCUCGGCUUCCCCUUGGCUUCCAGGGGAAAGUUCACUGAAAAACUACCUUCUGGCCCCUUGUUUAUGCAGAGAUAACAACUUAGCGGGACAGGGGUGGGGGGAUCUUUUUUGUACCAAAGCUGCUUCUGAAGCAGAAAGCAGCAGGGCUCUCAGUGUUUCAUGCUGCCUUAUUUAUAUUAAAGGAAGAAUUAAAUUCUUGCAAGGAGUAGAAA